UUAACCAAAACAUAAUAAUAUCUCAGUUACCUUCACAAUAUAUCAAUUCUCUUCAAAAUCAGAAGUCACAAUGAAGAACUUACUCGGUAGAAAUGAGGUGGGUGUUCCCAUGAGUUCAGCAGUAUACUCAUUUGAACGGCAGCAAAAAAGACUAUUGUCUCUAUCUGCUUGCCAAGACCAUCUUCCAUCUGCAACUUCAAAACACUUGCCUAAAAUAAAGCAAAGAAAAUCUGUAAUUAGUAAGAUGAACAAACUUGGAGAAAGGAUGGACUGUCUUGCACAAGGCAUCCGCGAGCAUGUGAGCCUUAGUCCGAAGCUAACGGAAACUGUGAAGGGAAAAUUGAGCCUCGGAGCAAAAAUUCUUCAAGUAGGAGGGUUGGAGAAAAUAUUCAAGCAGAAGUUUAGUGUUAAAGAUGAUGAAGAGCUAUUGAAUGUUUCUCAAUGCUAUUGAUCAACUACAGCUGGUCCAAUAGCAGGCCUUCUCUUCAUCUCUACCGAUAAGAUUGCUUUCUGCAGUGAGAGAUUAAUAAAGUUCUUAUCUCCAACUGGAAAGUUGCUUAGAAUCUACUAUAAGGUAUCGAUCCCAAUAAGUAAGACAAUGAAAGCAAAAGAGAGUGAAAAUAGGGAAAAGCCAUCACAGAAGUAUAUAGAAAUAAUUACAGAGGAUGAUUUUGAGUUCUGGUUUAUGGGAUUCCUUAAUCAUCAAAAGACUCUGAGAUAUCUGCACCAGGCAAUUUCAAGUACUUCAAGCAGCUAAGAAGACAACAUAUUUUCCAUUCUUUUUUCUUUUUUUUUCUUCUUACUUGCAUUCAUCAAUAUAAAAUGUUGAUGCAAAACGAAUGUACAGAUCUGUUCAAACUUGUAGUUAGCUCCUUCGCUCAAAGGAGAUAUUAGGUGUUUUAGGCUUUGAGCUGUUAACACAAAUGUAUAGACUUAUUGUGAAAGUAAUGCAGUCAGAAGGCUAAUUAAUCUUUUGGGA